CUGAAAUUAUUUGAAAUUAUUAUUUGUAAUAACAAAUUCUUAGAAGCGAUACGACCACGACGGUCAUGCCGACAUCACUACUUGGCGAACGUGCACACCACCUCAGUGUUGCCCCUACAAGGCGACAAUGAUAUCUUCUAUAACGUCGUCUGUCACAUGCCGUCGACUCCGGAAGGGGCGAUUGUCACCGAAGUCCAGUCGGGCCUGUCCAAACCAUAUCGGGUCACCGCCGAGAAGCAGAGCGUGAACUUCCAGAUUCUCGACUUGAAUAUGUUGCGGGAUAUGGUACGAUGGUCAGAAUGUGAGCAGACAUUGUCUGUUAGAUGGGAACGCGGUACUAAUUCGGGCAGAGGACAUUUCAUCGUGCGAUCUCUCCUGAACGAAAGCCUGGAUGUGCUAUACAUAGAGGAAAAUCCGAAGGCAGAGUACUUGCUGAGUGGACCAAUGGCUGGAAUACGACAUAUUAUACCUGCAGAAUGGGAUCAAGAAACAUCGGCUACGAUUGUUGCUUCAUCGUUGACUUGCAAACAAAAGAUUUUGGCCGAGGAUGAAUGUCUGUUUAAAACCAGAGUGAUGGUAAAGCUUGAUCCUAGCCCGAUAUGGACUUGGGAAUUCGCCUUCCGAACUCAUCGAUCUGAUCAAGUGUUGUUCACCCUGCGAACUAUCAAUUCCGAAAAUUUCUUCUUACGAGUAAACUCCGGAAAGCCAAUUCCGGUCGGACAACUUUCCGAUGGACGCUGGCAUACGAUGAAUAUCGUAUCCGAUGGGGACCAAAUCUUAGUACAUGUGGACAACUCGGAAAAGAUUGCGCUCAUAGAAUUACAUGACUUUACGUCAAGAGUUUCUGCCGUGGAGGUCGAAGUCGACGGUGAAAUCUUGCUGAUCGAUACAACGGAUACGUCUGAAAAUUGCGUACUGAACGAGAAAAGAAUGGCAAUGGGGUGA